CAUAAAGCCGGUCCCACACGACUCGUGUGCUCGGCGAACGUACGCGAUUACGAUGCUCGCUGAGUAUAUCGACUUGGCGAUUUGUCGCUCCCAACACGACUUGUACACAUGCCGAUCUUCGUGCACUCGUUAACCAUAAUCCGAUCACCGUAUACUACAUCUGGUCAUCGCCAAUACUCCUACGCGCCUCGGAUACUCGGACAAAAAUAAUAAUUUACUAUAUUUUGUCGCUGUCGUCGAUAUCGGCGCGAGUGGCGAGCAAGGCCGAGUCGUGUGGGAAAUUCCACGAUUACGAUAAUUCUUUUGACUCGUGUCACAUUUACCGACAACCGAUGGGACACGACAAGUGACUCGACGAGUAAAAAUAAUCGCCCAUAUUUGACGAUGAAACACCUCCUACACGGCCUCGUAAGGCAUCACGGUUGUAAGAUUAUUCGCCGAGUACACGAGUCGUGCGGGACCGGCUUAAUUUGAAGUACUGUAAUGUCUUUUUUGCGAUUUUCGUUUAAAUUUGAUUUCAAAACUCUUAUUUAUAAAAAAAAAAAAGGCGUCCGAUGAUUUUGGAAAUUUUAUCACAUCUAGGUAAGUCCAAUAUAAUUAUUGUUACCAAGUUUCAAACCUCUAUGUGUAACUGAAAUACAGCAAUAAAAAUUCCCAAAAAUUAAAAUUCCUUAAAUCUCAAAAGUUUUGGCGAUGAUACCAUAAGAAAGUAAAUCAAAAAGGCAAAAAAAAAAGGUACCUAGUGAUUUUUCGAUUAAAUGAUUUUUUCUGGUAGAAAACGUAGUCCGUAUUUUUAUGAAAUAAUGAAAUCGUGAAAUUGUACAUUUUUCUACGUUUUUUCCCAUUUAAGUGCUUUUAUUUAAAAAAUUGCAUCGAAAAUCAAAAAAAUGACUUCUUUAAAAUUACCACCUAGAUAACUUGAACUUUCAGAAAAGUUACUACACGUAAAAAUCGGAGAAAUUUUACUAGGAAAAAACAUGUCCAGUAGGAAAAAUAAACAUAUUAGUAAAACAAAUAGCUCCCUUGCUACGCUCAGAAUCUAAAAUAUAAAUAUAAUUUUAUAAAAAUUUUUCAUAUAUAAUAUUAUUUGUAUUUACUUUUAAUAACAUAAUAUAUUGUAUUUAAUGAAUAAAUUAAUUAAUACUCGCACAAUACUAAAUAGCAAUAAAUUUGUAUUUAUUACUUUUAUUAAAUACCUAAAGUGUUCCGUUUGAUUUUUAGACCGAUUAAAACAUCCUGAUUUUAGUUAGAAAAUCAAAUAGUUCGUAACAUUUAUAUUAAACAUACACAAUGAAUAUAGCCAAUCAUAUAAGCAACAGUCUAUUUUAAAAGAAAAACAAUUUACUGACGUAGACAAGUUUAAAAUCGUAAAUAUAUAAAUCAAAUUGUAUAAAAUGUAGUGAUGAUAAGCUGUAAGUAAUAAUGAUAAUAGUUUUGUGAUAACCUUAGAUUAUAUCAUAGACUCAUUACUCUGUGUAAUAUUAAGAGUAAUAUUAGAGUAGCAUAAAUUACUCUAUGGAUCAUAUAUUUAAUAUAUAUAAUUGUACAUGAUCUAAGAUGAUUACGUAGUCGGCCAUCUGACAGCCGUUCGGAUUUUCUGUCUAGUCAGUUUAGCCCGUUAAAUUAUAACAGCGUUUCUCAACCGGGGGUCCGCAAGAAGGUAUUAGGGGAUUCGCGGAAAAAAAUAAACGUAUUGGGGGUUAAAAGUGACAAUUGUUGUAUUUGAUAUUUGUGUUUUUGUGAUUGCAAAUCGGUUCUUCAUUAUACAUAGGUGUAACCACUGAAUUUUAUAGAGUUCAGUGGGUAUAAUAUGAAAUAUAUCAUUAAGCGGCGUCACGUAGUAGACUAGAUUUCAUUUAAUUUUUUGUGCCUAUUACAAAUAUUACGAUAUUGCCGAAUUUUUCGUUUUACUUAUUUUGUAAAUACUUAUAUAUAUUAUGUGAAAAUAUAUGGCAAGUUGACAGUUGGGGGCCCGUAAAGCUACUACUAGUAGUGAGAGGUUAAGGGGUACGUGAAUGAAAAAAGGUUGAGUUAUAUAUAUAAGAUAAGUUAUCUUAUAGUUCAAUGGUCUAGCCGUGCUCUAGACGCUUGUUAUUUUUAUCCUCGCUCAUAUCAAUCUGAUUCAUGCCAAUUUUUCUUCUAUUGUAAUUACCUAUUCAUUUUCCUCUGAAUAAUAUUAAUUUCCGAAUUUGUUAUUUUGGUGACCGAUAAUCGGUGAAUUUUAUUUUAAUUAUCACUUAUGGUUGAUACCACACCUUAAUUUAAUGUAACCACUUUGGUAACUAGUAUGCUCUUCAUACUUGAAUACAUGAUAUAUCUCAUACUCUCAUCCAUCGGAUCCAUGUAUAUAUUAUCUAUUGCUAAUAAUUAUUAUUAUUAUUAAGUCUUUAUUAUCUGUGCUAUAAUUAUUAGGCACUGAGCCGUUUGUGAUAAAUAUUAUUAUUAUAUUUGCAUGACUGUAAUGCUCUAAAGCAUCAGCGAAUUCAAUAUUUUUUCAUGCAUUCAUCAGUCUUUUUUUUUGUUAGUUAAAUUAUGUAUUUAAUGACUUGAGAAUAAAAAAACAAUUUGCGGAAUUGUGAUUAACAAGACAAUUUAAUCGAUAAUUAAUUUCUUUUCUACGAGUUAAUGAUAAUCUACUAUAAUUAUACAUAAUAUUAUAUGGUUUCAAAAUAAGCGUACCUAGUCUUUUACUGUUUUAUAUCAAGACAAGAAGCAGUUUAUAACAAUUCCUUUGGACUUGAUUCAAAUGACUUCCUAAUUCAAAUACAGGUAGUACAAUAAAUUAAAUUUGUGAAUGAGAAUAUUAUACCAUGGUGUCUAUCAACAAAAAAAAUGAUUUAUAUAUUUGUAUAAGUAAAUUAAAUUAUUGUUUACUUUUGAAUUAUUUUUUUAUUAUUCUAAAAUUGUUAUCUAGGAAAUAAAAUCACUGUAAAAACAAUUGUUGCCUAAUGAGUGAGAAAAAAAAUAGAUUUUGAGUGUUUAUGCAUAGAUUGAAAAAUAUUCAAUAAUAAUAAAAAUAAAUAUUUUGAGUGGAUUAUAUUUUAUUCUGAACUAAUAGAAAACCAAUAGUAGAUAUUUUAAAUACCUACCUGAUUGAAUUUUGUAUCAAGCACAACGUGUUAAAUUUGUUAAUUAAUGUAUUGCAUGAUAGUACCAGCGUAGUAUAAUUUUUAAUCAAUAGAAAUAUGUAUUAAUAUACUGAGUGUCUUAUAAAGUAUACCCAUUGUAAUAUUUCUUAAGAUAAUAAGAAUAAUCAAAUUCUGUUUUUUUUUUUUGUUUGAGAUGUAUCUAAUAAUAUGUUCUCACUGACUGACUGACUGAUUCAUCAUUGUUUAGCCCAAACCACUGGACAAAUUGGGCUGAAAUUUGGCGUACAGACAGUUAUUGUAAUUUAGACAUCCUCUAAGAAAGGAUUUUUGAAAAUUCAAUCUUUAAGGUGGGAAAAUAGGGGUUUUUAAAUAUUUUUAUUGCUAAAAUUUAAUUGUUUAUUUAUUUAUUUUUGUUUAUUCAUGGGUUACCUUGAUGACAUGGAAGACAAUGUCAUAGAUAAUAAAAUUAUUAUUAUUAUUACUACUAUUCUUUACACAAUUAUCUAGCAAUAGCAAAACAUUGCUGGGUUAGUCCGUAUAGUAAUAUAGGAAUUAAUAAUAUUAUUAUUAUUUGUAUAGUUUUAUAUAUUUUAUUGUAUAGUUAGAUAAUCUAACUGAAUAAUGAGCAUGUCUCAUAUAGUUUAUUUUCAGUGUGUUUUUGGAUAAUUUGCGUCAUAUUAAUUUUAUUUUAUAUUAUGUGAACCUGUCAGCAUUAAUUAGAAAUUAUUUAUAUUUUUUUAAGAUUAUAAUUUUUAUAUUUUUAUACUUAUAUUCAUAUCUACAUAGCACUUUAAAUUAUUCAUUGAAAUUCAUAACAUUAAAUCAUUAUUAAUGCAGCUUAUUAUAUGCACUUAUUUGCAGCAGUCUUUGUUUUUGUUAUUUUUUUUUUUACGGGUAUCUCUAAAAUAAAUUAGUUAAUAAUAUUAUUUAAAACACAGUUAGUUUUUGUAUUUUUAUUUUAAUAAAAUUUAAUUUAAAAUAAGUAAUUUUGUAUUUUUUUUUGUUUAUAUUUUAAAAAUUAAGUAGUUUUAUAGAUUCAAGUUAUUCAUAUGUAGACACAAAUAUGAAAUAUGACAAUAUAUUAUAACAUGAUUACUGUUUUGUUGCAAUGGAGGAAGGUGUAGUUAUUAUCAGAUAUCUUGGCAAUAGCUGGGCGGCACAAUAGCGUGAAACCAGUAGUUUCAUCUGGCCUGGUCUACAACAAAAUAUCUGAUGAUGACCAUACAUGUCUAAUUUAAUUCUUUGCAAGAAAAUAUAGAUUAUAUAUCAUUAAAUUAUCCACAAAUAUUUAUUUGUGUCUUGUUUGACGUUAGUCAUGGUAGACAAAUUUUAACUAAAUUUACCAUUUAGGUAAUUGUAAACAAGUUUGGUUUUGGAGAAUUUGAAAAGUAAAACUGUUUUUAAUGUCUUACUUUUACUUGUCUGAAAUCUUAUAAGUAUAUACUUGUUUAUAAUGUUUAAUUUAUUGAAAUAGGUACAUGUUAAUGAUUUUCAGGUUACAUUAUUUAGAAUGAUUUGUCAACCAUUCAAAUUGAUAACAUUUGACAUAACUGGCACUUUAUUUAAAUAUCGGAGUUGUCCUGCUGUAGAGUACUCAAAUAUUCUAAAAAAAUAUGGUAUAGAAGUAAAAACAUCUACUCUUGAAGAUUUGAUUAACAAAAAUUGGAAAUUUAUGACAAAAAAACAUCCAAACUUUGGCCUUGAUACUGGUAUUGGUUGGGAAACAUUUUGGAGAACUUAUGCACAUAAUGUUUUAAGUAAAACAUUUGAAAUAGAAAAUAUUAAUGUUAAUGUACCAAUGAAUACUGUAAUCGAUGACUUGAUGAUGACAUAUAGUACUGGAGAAACAUUUGAAGUACAGAAUGGCGCUAUCGAAUUAUUGGAAUAUUUAAAAAAAGAAGGAAUACCAUUAGGAGUCUUGUCUAACUACGAUCCAAGAAUAAAGCCUAUAAUAAAAAACAUUGGUUUAUCUCAUUACUUCAAAUUUAUUUUGUCUUCAUAUGAAGUGAAGUCUGAGAAACCUGACAUAAGAAUAUUCAGAGAAGCCGAAUCGUUUGUUGAUACAUGUUCAGAUCGUGAUCUUUUUUUACACGUGGGUGACUCUUAUUCGCUGGACUUUAUUGGUGCCAAAAAUGCCGGAUGGUCUGCAUGUUUAAUACACACUGAUAAAAAUUUAAUCAAACAGUAUCCAAGUUUGAAAGGUUGUGUAUUUGAUGAUUUUAUUGCUUUGAAAAUGUUUUUGACUUUGUGUAAUUCAAAACAUAAGUGCUCUGGUCAAUCAAAUUAAUAUUUUAAGGAUUGUUUGACUUGUAUAUUGAUACCUAUGUUAAAGUUUUAUUGUAAGCACUAUAGGUAUUUAAUUGUAUAAGUAUGAGCUCUAUAAUGUGUAAUGUUUAUUAACCAUAAAAGUUUAUGCAGUUAAAAUUACAUAAUAUAACAUAUUUAUUAUUACAUAAAAUAGUGAAUAUUUUUAAUGAAUUAUUUUAUAUUAAUCUGUGUGAUAUUUAUUGAUAUUUUUGUGUUUUACAUUAUAUUAUAUUAGUUGUAUUAAAACAAAUUACUGAAUUAUUUUAAUAUUUUAUUUAGUAAUAUUAUUGUUUUGCUAUUGUCUGUAUUAACUGAUGUACAUUAUUAUUAUAAAACCAUUUUUUAAUUGAUAGUUUAUUACUGAUAUUAUGUUGAUUACCUUACCUUAUUUGAUUCUUAUUAUUCUAUUUCUAUUUAAAAUAGAAUAUCAAAAUUAACUACUUUUAUAUUUGUCUUUUUGACUCGAUUUGUAUAUUUUGUUAAUUUAUAUAUUUAUUAUGUAUGGAUAUUUGAUAUUUAAAUUAUAAUAUUAUAUUUACCUAAUACUUAUAUUUUAUUGUUUUCUUUAUUUUAAAAUUUGAAACAAACAAACAAAUUGUUUGAUUUAAGUAUAAUCAAAGAAAUUUCACGUUCUAAAAUUACUUUAAUGCAAUUGUCUUAUUUUACAGACAUAUACAAUUUUACAUAUUUAAAAAAUGUACCUAAUUUGUUUUAUGUACUCUUUUAUUGAACUGUUGAAAAUGUUUAGUUAACUGUUAUAGUAAUAUUUGUUUGAUUCAGUAAUAUUGAUGUGGUGUCUACUAUAAAUAAUAAUUUACUAGGGCUUGGAUUCUCUAAAAAUUGUCGAAAAAUAACUACAAAUGCUCUAAAUAGUACUCCCAGUGAAAUAAUACCCCUAAAAAAUGACUUUCAAAUGGUAGACAGUUCUCUAAAAAUGGAAAAUUACAAAAUAAACAUUUUCGCUCAUGAAAUAGCAGAUAUUAAUCUGUUGGUUGAAACGAAUUAUGUGCUUACAAAGUAUUGGCUUAGAUCACUAUCCAAAAAAUGUACUUAGCAUUGAAAUCUAAGUUCUAGGAAUUACUAAUAGUUUAUAAUAGACAGGAAAGGAAC